AUGACCAGGGGUGCUUGGAUGUGCAGUCGGCAGUAUGAUGACGGCUUAAAAAUCUGGUUCGCACCCCGGGAGAACGAGAAACCCUUCGCGGAUUCAGAGAGGGCUCAGAAAUGGCGACUGUCCCUGGCAUCGCUCUUGUUUUUCACAGUCCUGCUCUCUGAUCACUUGUGGUUCUGCGCCGAGGCAAAAUUCACGGGGACCGGAGAGAAAGAGCAGCCACCGCCGGAGAAGCCGGAGCCCGCGGAGCCGGAGCUGCUGGCGGGCAUGGGGGAGCAGGCGCCCCCCGCGCCCCGGCUCCUCGCUCCCCCCUCGCCCUCCCUCCCGCCCUCCCCCGGCAGCAACGGCGGCGGCGGAGGCAGUCGCGGCAGCCGCACCAACGGCACGGAGCCCCGGCACGGCAAGGCUGCUUUCCUGGGGAACUCCACAGCCAGGCCCCUGGAGACCUGCUCCCCCCCAAGCUCCUCGUCCGGGCAGUGCUUCAGCGUGGGGGACGCAGAGGCGGUGUGCCAGCGGCAAGGGGGGCCAGGGCGGCCGCGGGGCGCUGGGCAGAGCCCGGCGCCCGGCUGGGACCUGACGGAUUUUUACCUUUCCUUUUGUAAUUCCUACACACUUUGGGAGUUGUUCGCCGGGUUGUCCAAUCCGGACACAUUGAACUGCAGUCUGGAUGUGGUGCUGAGGGGGGGAGGCUCCUGCAGCCAGUGCGUCCAGGCUUACCAGCGCUACGACCAGCACGCUCAGGAGAAAUACGAAGAGUUUGAGGUUAUGCUCCAUAAAUAUUUGCAGUCGGAUGAGUACUCAGUGAAAUCGUGUCCUGAGGAUUGUAAGACUGUCUACAAAGCCUGGCUCUGUUCCCAGUAUUUUGAAGUCACACAGUUUCACUGCAGCAACAGAAUUCCUUGCAAGCAAUACUGUUUGGAGGUUCAGACAAGGUGUCCCUUUAUAUUACCAGACAAUGAUGAUGUCAUCUACGGAGGACUAUCAAGUUUCAUCUGUACAGGGCUCUAUGAAAACUAUCCAACCAAUGCAGAACCAGAAUGCUGUGAUGUCAGAUGGGGACUAUUAUCAGAUCACCAAUCCAAAGGGACUAUAAAAACAAGUGGCUCAACAAUGUGUCACAGGACAUCGCUCACAGUUUCAUCAGCAUCAAGACUGUGUAACAGCAGACUUAAACUGUGUGUUCUUGUAUUAAUUCUCUUACAUACAGUACUUACAGUCUCAGCAACACAGAACUCAACAGGACUGGCUUUUGGAGGCAUAACAGCUUUGGAAGAUAAUUCAUCAAAUGAGGAAUAA